AUGUCUAACCUGCUUCCGGCUUUGUCCAGCUCCGCGUCCAUCUCCCGCCCGAGAAACCCUAGCCAGAGGAAGGAGGACACCAUGAGGGGGAAGAAGCCGCUCAAGGAGCUCACACUCUCCGUGCCGGCGCAGGAGACGCCCGUCGAUAAGUUCCUGACGGCGAGCGGUACGUUCAAGGACGGUGAACUGCGACUUAAUCAAAGAGGUUUGCAGCUUAUCUCCGAGGAAAACGGAGAUGAACAUCAAUCAACAAAAAUGAAGGUGGAAGAUGUGCAGUUAUCAAUGGAUGACCUCGAGAUGAUUCAGGUCAUUGGUAAGGGAAGUGGUGGUGUUGUCCAACUAGUGCGGCACAAGUGGGUGGGCACAUUUUAUGCCUUGAAGGGCAUUCAAAUGAACAUUCAGGAGUCAGUUCGCAAACAAAUAGUACAGGAGCUCAAAAUAAAUCAAGCAACACAGAGCCCACAUAUAGUCCUUUGCCAUCAAUCUUUUUACCACAAUGGUGUAAUAUAUCUUGUUCUGGAAUAUAUGGAUCGUGGAUCUCUUGCAGACAUAAUUAAACAAGUUAAAACCAUUCUGGAGCCAUACCUCGCAGUACUUUGCAAGCAGGUUUUGGAGGGAUUGUUAUAUCUUCAUCAUGAAAGGCAUGUGAUUCACAGAGACAUAAAGCCUUCUAACUUGUUAGUCAACCAUAAAGGUGAAGUAAAGAUUACUGAUUUUGGGGUGAGUGCAGUGCUAGCAAGUUCGAUUGGUCAGCGUGAUACAUUUGUUGGAACCUACAACUAUAUGGCGCCUGAGCGGAUUAGUGGCAGCUCCUAUGACUACAAGAGUGAUGUAUGGAGUUUGGGCUUGGUAAUACUUGAAUGCGCCAUUGGUCGCUUCCCUUAUACUCCUCCAGAGGGAGAAGGUUGGUUAAGCUUCUAUGAACUAUUGGAAGCAAUUGUUGACCAGCCACCACCUUCUGCACCUGCAGAUCAGUUCUCUCCAGAAUUCUGCUCAUUUAUCUCUUCCUGCAUACAAAAGGACCCCGCCGAGCGGAUGUCUGCUUCAGAACUCUUGAACCACGCCUUCAUCAAGAAGUUUGAGGACAAGGACCUAGACCUCCGGAUCCUUGUCGAGAGCCUGGAGCAGCCCAUGAACGUGCCCGAGUGA